AUGUUGGAGGAGAAGAGCUGGAAAGGCGUCGGCGAAGCAGCUUUUGACAGGGGGUGCGUGGCUCCCCCCAGGACCGGCGACGGGGAGAGAUGUUGCCGCCUCCCUCUCCUGCUGGGCUCUGGGCUGCCCGGCGUCUCCCUGCUUUCUCUGGUGCUGAGCCUCCUGCUGUACUUUCGGACCUCUGAUCUGCAGUCCCGGGUGUCCCACUUGGAAGCAGACAGACCCACACAGCUCCCUGCCUGGCUCUCAGCAGACCAAAUGGAGACAGCUAUUUUGGGAAGAGUUGACCAACUGCUUGAUGAGAAAUUAAAGUUCCACUUGCCAAGACAUCGAGAAGUUCGAGACACGCACCAGCGAUGCAACUGCCCGGCAGGUCCACCUGGUCCUACAGGAAGACCAGGGCUCCAGGGAGACAAAGGUGCGAUGGGGAUCCCUGGGCGGCCGGGACUAAAAGGGCAACCUGGAGAGAAGGGUUCUCCAGGAGAAGCGGGCAUGUCUAUCAUCGGGCCCCGCGGUCCACCCGGACAGCCUGGAACAAGAGGUUUUCCUGGAUUCCCGGGCCCUAUUGGCUUGGACGGCAAACCGGGUCAUCCUGGACAGAAGGGGGAGAUGGGUGCUGCAGGUCCCAGGGGACAACCCGGACCCCCAGGACAAAAAGGAGAAAAGGGUCAGUGUGCAGAGUACCCACACAGGCUGUUGCCUCUCCUCAAUUCAGUGCGGCUGGCUCCACCUCCGGUCAUAAAGAGACGCACUUUCCAGGGUGAACAAGGACAAGCGGGUAUCCAAGGUCCCCCGGGGCCCCCUGGCCCCCCAGGGCCCACUGGACCAGCUGGACCCGAAGGAACCCCAGGACAGCCGGGGCCAAUUGGGCCACCUGGCAGAGCGGGAGAACCUGGGAAGCCUGGCAGAGAUGGAAAGGGCUUACCUGGGCCUCCUGGACCAAAGGGAGACCCUGGGAUUCAGGGAUACCCUGGCAGAAAGGGUGAGGUGGGCGAGUCAGGCCUGCCGGGUGCGCAUGGCCUCCCUGGAGCUACUGGCCCCAAGGGUGAAAAAGGGGACGCUGGCAUAAAGGGAGAGAGAGGCAUGCCAGGGCUGCCAGGAAGACAUGGCACUAAGGGUGCUCCUGGGAUGGCCACCGCAGGGAUGAAGGGCGAGCCCGGGACUCCAGGAGAAAAGGGAGAUCCUGGAGUCCCAGGGAGGAUGGGCCCUCCAGGUUUGCCAGGGAAGAGGGGGCAGCGGGGUGAGAAGGGACGAGCUGGUGACCCUGGGCUUCCUGGACUCCCUGGCACGAAGGGAGAGAAGGGAAAUGCUGAGAAUGCCCUGGCCGGAGGUAAAGGAGAACCUGGCCCUCCAGGUCUGCCUGGGCCCCCUGGACCAAAGGGAGAAGCUGGUGACGUUGGCCGGCCUGGUGCUGCAGGGUCACGGGGGGAAAAGGGGGAACCUGGUUCACCGGGAGACCAGGGACCCAUGGGCCCACGGGGGCCCAAAGGAGAGCCUGGGAAGGAUGAAAUGAUGGACUAUGACGGUAACAUCAGUGAAGCUCUCCAGGAAAUACGAACUUUGGCCUUGAUGGGACCCCCAGGUCUUCCAGGUGUGGCUGGACCUCCAGGGCCACCGGGACAGAAGGGUGAAAUUGGCUUGCCAGGUCCUCCAGGCCAUGAUGGAGAAAAGGGACCACGCGGCAAGCCUGGAGAAAUGGGACCCCCUGGCCCUCAUGGACUGCCGGGAAAGGAUGGACCACCCGGAAUAAAGGGAGAGCCAGGCCAUAUCGGGGUUACAGGAGAAAAGGGUGAUAAAGGAGAGCCAGGACAAGCUGGCUCACCGGGUCUUGAUGGCCCCACUGGAGAGAAAGGCGAACGAGGUGACCAAGGGAUGCCAGGACCGUCAGGAUUGCCGGGUCCCAUUGGACUUCCAGGAUUGACAGGAGAGAAGGGUGAGCCCGGGGAUCGUGGAGACAAAGGAAAUGCAGGAGAAUCGAUAUCUGGCCCCCCUGGACCCCAAGGCCCACCAGGACCUCCAGGUCUCCAGGGCCUCCCAGGACCGAAGGGGGAAGCGGGGAUUGAUGGAAUGAAAGGAGAGAAGGGUGCCCAGGGUGAAAAAGGAGACAGAGGGCCACUGGGAUUACCCGGUGCUUCAGGUUUAGACGGCAGGCCUGGACCACCGGGUACUCCAGGACCAAUUGGGGUCUCGGGACCAGCAGGACCAAAAGGAGAAAGGGGCAGUAAAGGAGAUCCUGGAAUUGUAGGACCAAUGGGGCCAGCAGGGCUUCCUGGUUUACAAGGUCUACCUGGUGACAAAGGAAUCCGUGGGGAGAGGGGCAAGAAAGGCUCUAGAGGGUCUAAAGGGGAUAAGGGAGACCAAGGAGCGCCUGGAUUAGAUGCACCCUGUCCGUUGGGUCUCCGAGGUUUUAAAGGCGAGAAGGGUGAGCCGGGGUUACCUGGGCUGGACGGCCUGGAUGCCCCAUGCCCAUUGGGGGAAGAUGGCCUUCCAGUUCAAGGCUGCUGGAAUAAGGGUCAAACUCCUUGGCUGAUAGCCAAAAAGUGAGAUGAGUCCAAGGGCGGAGAAGCUUGGGGAAUGACAGCAGAAUGGAAAGAGAAGGAGGACCUUCCUGAAGAUUUGCUGGAGACGUUUUGCAAGUUCCCUCCCUGGAGCUUGGGAAGAGUUCUUCAACUGCGCACCAGGAAUCUGU